AUGCGUUUCCUAGCAGUCUCUUCGAUUAGCUUGCUCGCCAGCACAGCUGCUGCAUAUUCGUCCUCGUGUAAUGCAUGCGAGGAGCUGUCAUCUGUUCUUCCAAACAACACCUUUUAUCCCUCUGCCCAAACAUACAACGCCUCAAUUCAGUCAUAUCCUUUCCUCCAGCUUCGCUUACAUCCUUCUUGUAUCGUCCGUCCUAGUACAUCGAAAGAUGUAUCUACGGCUGUCUCGAUCCUAGCCCAAACGAACUGCACCAAGUUUGCCAUCAAGGGUGGAGGUCACAAUGCAAACGCGGGAUCCAACAACAUCGAUGAUGGUGUUACGAUCGAUAUGCAGAGUUUGAAGAAAGUUGAGGUUGCAAAAGGUGAUCAAGUAGUACAAGUCGGCGCUGGAGCUUUGUGGCAAGAUGUUUACGAUACCGCCGAGAAGCGUAACCGUACUGUCAUGGGUGGACGUAUUGGAGUUGUAGGAACUGCUGGAUUUCUGACUGGUGGUGGUAUUUCGUUCCUGAGUCCCGAACACGGAUGGGCAUGUGAUGCAGUGGAAAACUUUGAAGUCGCACUCGCCGACGGCAAACUCGUCAACGCAAACUCCACAUCCAACUCUGAUCUCUAUGCCGCUCUCAAGGGUGGUCAGAAUAACUUCGGUAUUGUCACUCGCUUCGAUCUUAAGACUUACCCUGCACGCCCAAUCUGGGGUGGCAGAACUGUAUAUGGUCCCAAUGCUACUCAAGCUCUGCUCUCAGCGUACACAGACUUCAAGAGUGGUGAAUACGAUCCCUAUGCAGCCGGCUGGGUCACUGUACGAUACAACCACACAGCCGGUACCUUCAACCCAGUCAGUAUCAUGUGGUACACCAAGCCAGAACAGAAGCCGGGCGCGUUGAAGGCGAUCAUCGAUGUACAGCCGCAGGUCAUGAACGGCAGAGUCGAGGCCCCCAUCAGUGAGCACACCAGGAAUGCCUCGCGACAAGUUUCCGCAAACCCUCAACGAACCAUCUGGGCAACCACCUCAUUCAAGAUUUCACCGACUAUCAUGCACAGCAUCCACGACAUGUGGAGCAAGAUUGUCCCCGAGAUUUCCGAGCAGUACGCUUCUGGGAAGCCCAUUGCUGAGAUUACCUUCCAAGCUCUUCCCGCUCCUCCACGAAAUGGCACUGCGCCAAACGUUCUCGGUUUCGGGCCUGAGGAAACCCCCGAGAAGGACCUUGUAUUCCUGCAAAUCAUUUUCACCUUUGAGGAUGCUGCUGCUGCCGAUGGUUUCGAAGAGGGACUCAUCGACCUCGUGAAGCUAGUCGAGGAUAUCACCAAGAAGGAGGGUGUCUACCACCCAUACAAGUAUCUCAACUUCGCUGCAUCUUUCCAAGAUCCCCUUGGAAGCUAUGGAAAGAAGGAGUUGAGGAAGAUGUACAAGGUAGCGGAUAAGUAUGAUCCACAAGGCGUGUUCCAGACACUUGUACCUGGUGGUUUCAAGCUCAUUUGA